UCUUGUCUGUUGAAUUUAUUAAUAAUAUAUGUAAAACCAGUGUUUAAGUUCACCUUGGAAUUCAACAGUGAGGUGCACUUCCUCCUUUAGACAGCAGGAGGCAGCAUUGCCUAGUUUACAGUAAUGUCCAUGAUAGCAGGGCACAACAAGGAGUUCCUUUCAAGUAGACUUUAAGCUAGUUCAGUGACGAUCGCAAACGUUUUCAUCUGCUCGAAUCUCAUGCCAAACAAAGUAUCAUCGUUUACCCUUUUUAGGGUCAAUAAACCUGUGGACAAGAAGACGUUUUUCAGAGUGUUUGAUCAAGAAAAGGUGUUAGGGUAAAGCCAAGAUAUUUCUACAUAUCGAGGGCGGCACAGUAAACGAUGACUUUAACGCAGAAGAUAAGACAGCAUACACAAGAACAAACAAUGGAUUGCACAGAAAGCUCAUUACGGACAAAAUCUACCACUUCACGUGCUUCAACGAGGUCAAAAGCUUCCUCCACCGAGGCUGCAGCUACCAAAGCACGCGCAAAAGCAGAGGCAGCCAAAGUACGUCUGUCUUUUGCACAAAAAGAAAUGACACUCAAAGUGGAAAAAGCACAACUAGAAGCUAAGAUGGACAUGCUCUUACUGGAGCAGGACGCAGCAGCUGCACUCGCCAAAGCGGAGGUCUUGGAAGCCGCUGUGGAAGGAAGUGAUCGAAGCAGCUCCUAUCUUCACAUCAAGCAGUUGUUUGAACAUUCAGUUGACACAUUAGAGCGCACAAAAGAAUACAUAGCCACUCAGGCCCAAGAGCCAAGUCAAAUAAAAGUUGAAUCACCACACCAACAGCCAUCGUCAUGGAAUGAAACACAACAUUAUAAACCACCAGAUGUGAACUCCAUUCAACACUCACAUCUCCAGACAGAGCACAAUAAACACAGAGUUGGGUUUGUUUCUACCCUACAACAAAUGACGACACCUUCACAGCCAGAAGUCACAUCAGUCAUCAGUCCAUCUUCAAACAACAUACGAGACAAUCACCAAGAUUACAAGUCAAGCUACAGUUCUCCUUUGCAUCCAAAGUCCAGCCGUACACCUUGUCAGCCUGUCUACGAUCAAGGGAAUGUGGCAGACUUCGCAAGAUAUCUAGCUCACCGUGAGCUAGUCACAACGAGUCUGAUAAAGUUCAGCGACCAGCCAUGCAGUUACAGGGCAUGGAAACAGUCCUUUGUGAACACAGUCAGAGGCCUCAACAUAACGUCCAGUGAAGAAAUGGAUUUGUUGGUCACGUGGCUAAGGAAGGAGUCAGCUGAGCACGCAAAACGCAUCAGGGCUGUCCAUGUCAACUCCCCUGACAAAGGCCUAAAAAGGAUAUGGGACAGACUGGAAACCUGUUACGGCGCACCCGAAAUGGUGGAGGAUUCACUCUUUAAACGGAUCCACAGCUUCCCUAAAAUCAUCAACAGAGACUAUUCAAAGCUCCAUGAGUUGAGUGAUUUUCUCAUAGAAUUGGAGGCAGCCAAGGAAGAUGGAGACCUGCCUGGCCUUGCAUAUUUGGACACAGCGCGUGGGAUAAACCCAUUAGUUCAAAAGUUACCAUUCAACCUCCAAGAAAAGUGGGUCAACGUUGGCACAAACUACAAAUUACAACACAAUGUAACAUUUCCCCCCUUUUAUGUUUUUGUUGACUUCAUUGGAAAACAAGCUAUAAUUAGGAAUGACCCAGGCUUCAAGUUUGCAGGUCAAAUUGACACCUCAAAAGCAGACAGAGUCCAAUGGAAGCAGAUCCAAAAUAGAGAAGUCUCAGUUCAUAAGAUCGAUUUCCAGUCUACUGCCCCUCCUAUUAAUGACAAGCAAUACUUUGAAGCUGAUGAUCCUGAGAAACAAUGCCCUAUUCAUAAAAAACCUCACAUGCUCCAUAAAUGUCGUGCCUUCCGUGCAAUGCCGUUGGAACAACGCAAGGAAUUCCUGAAAGAGAAUGGCAUAUGUUUUAAGUGUUGCACAUCCACUCAACAUAUAGCAAAAAACUGUAAAUGUAUUACUAAGUCCACUGAGUGUGAGAGCGCAAAGCACAUUUCUGCACUUCAUCCUGGACCUGCACCAUGGAUCCAGGUCCAAACCCCCCUGACACAGCUUGGCGGGGAGCAAGACUCAGGACCUUCAACUGAGGUCAGUGCUCGAUGUACAGAUGUAUGUGGUGGCGAUCAAAGCUACAAAUCCUGCUCAAAGAUCUGCCUUGUUAAAAUAUAUCCUAGCGGCCGUCCUGAGAAAUCCCUGAAAGUUUAUGCAAUCAUCGACGAGCAGAGUAACAAGUCCCUUGCUCGUUCAGAGUUCUUUGAGAUCUUCAACAUUCAAAGUCCUUCAUCUCCAUACACACUCCGAACCUGCUCUGGAGUGACGGAAACCACUGGGAGAAGAGCUUCAGGCUACAACAUUGAAUCCAUGGAUGGAAAAGUGUGCCUCUCUUUACCAAGCCUCCUGGAAUGUGAUGAUCUACCUAACAACAGAUCAGAAAUCCCAACACCUAAUGCUGCAGCCAACCAUACUCACCUCAAAUCAGUUGCUAACCUCAUCCCAGAGCUGGAUCCUAACGCGUCCAUCAUGUUUCUCCUUGGGAGAGACAUCAUCUCUGUCCACAAAGUGCGCAAGCAGGUUGAUGGGCCACGCGAUGGUCCCUAUGCUCAAAAACUUGACCUGGGAUGGGUGAUCGUUGGAAAUGUAUGCUUGGGAGGUGUUCACAAGCCGACCACAGUGAAUAACUUCAACACCAUUACAAUUGAACAAAGGCGUCCCACAGUCUUUACACCUUGUCCUAACGUGUUUCAAGUCAAGGAGAGACAUGGCCAGUUUCAAAACCCUGAAUACUCAAAGGUACCUUCACAAAGAAAUGUAAGCAAGAUGACGUGGGCGCUACAGUGUUUCGGCAGACCAAAGAUGACAACAAAGUCGGUCCAUCCAUUGAUGACAUCGCCUUCCUGCAAAUCAUGGAGAGGGAUUUGAAAAAGG